UCGAAAACAUAUUUGCGAUGUUGGAUAAAACUUCAUACGAACAUUACUCUUAAGGAGCCAGUUUCGUUGUUUCUGUAGGAAAUUGUGUAAACUUUCGUUUGAAGUUAUAAUCCUGAAGGCCUGGUACGAACAAUGUCAGCCUCAGAAACUCAUCUUCACUAUCGAAGAUCGUCGUCAAAAAAUGAGGACGCGAGCCGAGUAGAAGCCGUACGUCGUAGUUCAAACGGAAGUAAUGAAUCUAACGGUAAAAAACAAGCGUCGUUGAAUGAAAUUCAAGAUUUAUACAGCGCUUUGCAAGAUUUGGUAACAGCAAAUGUGACGGCCACGCCUUUACCAACACGUAAUCAAAAUGUUCGAACCUCAACAUCAGAUGAUGGGAAAGGAAGUCCGCAAUUGGAGUCACGUGAUAAUCCAACCCCCAUAAGCAGCACGAACGGUCGUAAGAUGUCUGAUAAAGACAGCCCAGAUAAAUCAAAAAACUUCAAACGAGGCUUAUCAGCUGAUAACGUCGUAUCAAGUUUACUUAAAAAAUCUCCAUUUCCUAGCAGAAAGUUAUCGCACGAUGUUAUUCCUUUAUGUAACGAGAGCACGAAACAUACACAAAAACAUACAAGGUCUUCUUCAGCCACACUUGAGAAAGUAAAAAAGGAUGCAAAGAUAUUUCGACGGGGGUCCAACGCAGACAGCAAGUCACAUAAAAGAUGGAAGCCGAAGUUGUUUUUAAGAAAACGAUCGAAAAGUACGGUAGGUUUAAAUGACGAGGAGGAAAAACUCUCAUCCGAAGAUGGAGCAGAAACUCCCCCGUCAUUGCUAAGAGCAAGAAGGUCUUCAGAAGCUGAUGUUAACAGGAUUAACAACGCCAAGUCUUCGGCGAGAAAAAAACAUUCAAAGCAGUUAUCUUGCCCCCCUGUUCGUAAACAACGUGGUCUAAGCAAAUCAGUGAGUUCGUUGUGCACAGAGAAUGUGAAAGACAUUGAUCAAUUAGUCGCGGCAUUAAAUCUUGAAUGCGGCAACGACAAAUUUUUAGUGUCAAAAAAUGCAAGAACAUCGUAUAAAUCUCCUGAGGGCGAACUAAGCAAACUAGAAAGUUGGUUUGAGAAGGCUGCCGCUGAAGCUGUGAUGUACCAAUCAAGAGCAGAGUUAGAUGAUGACUAUGAUAGAGAUCAAACACGAAAAACAGGGCGAGCAUCGAAUGACGUAGGAAACGAAAAAACUCGGCGAAUAAGUGCAAGUAAAUUAACUAUAAAACGCGGGAAUUCAGCAGGUCGAAUGAGACCAGAUAAAAAACGAUUCACUAGGUCUCCACGAAACGAUAAAAGUACAGAACGCAAUCGAAUUAAUUCAUUGGGUCAUGCUAGAAGUACACCAAAUUUGAGAGAUUACACGCUUGAUUCCCCCGUUUCUAGCGGCUCUGAGAGUACAGAGUGUUGUGAUGAAACUGAAGAUAAAUCUUCCCCAGGGCGCGGUAAGCUUUCGAAAAACAUCUCAUUCGACGAAAAUGUUCGCCUACCAAGGGCUCCGAUGUUUUAUAUGCCAGAAAAUGAAGACGCAGUAAGUGAUAGAAACAAACUUUUAAUUAACAAGUCAUUGUCAGAAGAGCAACAGAACCAGCUUUUUGAAGAAUUCUUUUAUAAUGGAGAAGAUAAAGAAAAUUGUCUAAAAAGUCAACAAGAAGCACAAAAUCUGUCAGACUCAGUUGUUCACAUCAAACAAUACCAAAAUGGUAUCAAUAAAGCGAGUCCAAAAUCUGUUUUAACGCCUGGUUGUUACAUCGAGUUGAAAAUAGAUGCGUCUGCAUUAAAAACAGAUGAUAAUGCAAAUUUCUGCCAAAAUGGCGGAAAGGAAAUGAUAUGCGACAUGAACAACACGAUAGGCGAUAAAAACUCAAUGUGGAGUCGAUAUCAUAACCCUAACGAGAACAAAAAAGUCAAAGCCAUCAUGACGUGAUCAUAAUGGAGAAAAAGAUGUAAAACAGUCAGUAACUUCGAGCGUGACAAAUAUUAAUUAAUUUUUUUUUUUACUUAAAAUCCACCUUCUCGAAUAGUAAUAAUAAUAAUUUAAGGAUGUACUGAUUUUCUAGAUCAAUCAUGUCAAAUUUGCUAACGGGGUGAUUUAAAAAUUAAAAAGUAUUUCAAAUUAUUUGGAUGAUCGAGUCUAACCUAGUGAGAUGGGGCAGAAUUGCGUUGGCAGCUUACAAAUGAGAGGAGCUUAAAUAGAGGAAGAUAUACAACCAAAAUGUAAAGAAAUCGCCAAUGGUUUUUAAUGUUUUUAUUUUAACGAUUCUACAUAAAGCACUUCCCUUUCGUUCACCCCGUUGUUUUACUAUGAGAGAGGACGACGGCUCCGCUCAUAGCAAAAAACCUGUUAACGAGGGUUUAAAGCAUUUAUUAGGCUGCGUAGAUUUGAUAUUCCAACUUCGCAACCCCUUAAUGUUAGCAUACACUUUCAACCUUAUUCUUUACUUUCCUUUUUGUCUUAUUAAAGCUGUCUAAUAUUAAAAUGUAUUUCGUAAAUAUUUUUAUAAGUGUAGAUAUUGUUUAUAAAUAGUUAUAUUGAAAUCACCAAGAUAUUAUAUUUAAUUUAAUAAUAAAAAUGUUAUGAAAAAAGGUUUUUUUUGUACUAAUC